GAUGUUAUUGAAGCUAUUGCAGAGUAUGCAUUCAAGACAUCUGAUUAUCCAGUUGUUCUUUCUUUUGAAAAUCACUGCAGGUAAAGUAACAAGGUGUCUGUUUUUAAAGAGUUGAGUAUAACAGUCAAAGCUGUUGCUGUUGUCGUCGCUUCGCUGUUCUAGAAGAUUCAUUUGAUACUCAGUGUCUCAGUAUUUUCUAACAAUUCAAGUUUAUUCACCAUUCAUGUGUUGAAAUCGGGCUCACAUCUUUUCACUUCUACAUUACGAGCAUUAACAGCAUGAUUCGUUGAAAAAGGAAAAAGGCCAAGUAUCCUGAUGAGAAAUUCACUAAAGGAUGAAAAAACUGUUUAAAAAAACUACUUACACUAGCACGAAUUGUCUGCGGGUCUUCGGUUUCUAUAUCUCAAUUCUUCUCUUCAUGUCAACUGCUAGCUCAAAACUGAAUUUUAAACAUUGCACUUGAAUGCAAAAGUACCCUUCAGGGAAUUUAGGGGACGUGUUGCUAUCGGCAACAGAGUUAAUUUAUAACAGUUGCAAAAAAUCUCCCAAAGUACUAAAAUUUGUUGAUCUCUUGCUGAAAUUUUCCACUGGAAUAACCUGGAAUAAAGUUUCAACUGUGUUUUCCAUAAACGUUUUGAGAAUGUAAACAACCCCUUUCUGUCUGGUUUUGUUCUGAUCUAUAUAAUUAGGUGAUCCAAUAAAGGUUGCUUUGGCUAUUUGGAAUUGCCCAGUGAGAGGCUCACUCAAGCACAUCAUUGCAGCAAGUUCCAUACAUAUAUGCCCUAUGUAUGCCCAAAUGCACAACGCCCAAUUGCCCAUGACCAAUUACCAAUGCAACCUUUAUGGAAUUAGGUAUAUAUUUGGUUCAAUUUUGUUCAAUUCAAUUCAAUUUCAGAUUAUCACGCUUUCCCAUAACAAAAGGCAAUGGAAAAUAAAAUUAAACCAGGGAUAAAAUUUAUCAUAGUGUACAUAACAGGUUUCAUUAAGUGCUUUUAAUUGGAAGUUGAGUGUAGUAUAUUGGAUAGGUGAUGGCUUAUGAGACCUGUUUAUUUAGCUUUGACUGUUUCCUUCUAUCAUCCUUCUAUUUUCUUCUGUUUUUCAGUCCUAAGCAGCAGGCUAAGAUGGCAGCUUACUGUGUCAAUAUUUUUGGUGACAUGCUCCUUGAUAAACCUUUGGAUGAUUAUCCU